ACAGAGUCACAGUCACAGAUGCCUUUCUCUCUCGCGCGCUCCUGUCCAUCCCUCUCGAGCUAGUAAAUGAGUCGCGCUUCAACUCGUUCCGUAACUCGGACCUGGGUUUUACCGACGAACUCUCGCAGUCGCAGAAAACCAUUUUCCUCCAUUAAUUUCUCACCAAAAAUCUCAGCUUUCUCUUCUUCUUCUUCUUCUUCUUCGUCAGCACUGCAGACAAUCCCAGACUCUCCCUCCAAAUCAAUCUCCAACCCACUUUACCAUUUUCUCCCCCAAACCCAAAACCCUAACAACACAGUCGAUCUCAUCUGCUCCUCCCUCAAGCAAGGAAAACCCCAUCUUGCCCUCCUCCAAAACGACAUCAAAGGGCUUCUUCCCCACCUGGGUGCGCGGGAAAUUUCGAGGGUUUUACUCAGGUUUCAAUCCGAUCACUCCUCGGCUAUUGCUUUUUUCAACUGGGUCAAAAAUGAUUUGGGUCUCAGACCCUCCACCCAGAAUUACUGCAUUUUUGUUCAUAUUCUUGCGUGCUGUAAAAAGUUCCCGAAAGCCAUGAAUUUGUUGAGGGAGUUGAUAGUGUUGUUGGGUAGAGAUGUUUCACCAAAAGAUGACAUUUUUCGGAGUUUGGUUUCGUGCACCGAAGAUUGCAACUGGGAUCCGGUUGUUGUCGAUAUGCUCAUCAAGGCUUAUGUGAAAGCAGGUAUGAUCAGAGAUGGUUUAAGCACUUUUAGAAAGAUUGUAGAUGUUGGUUUUGUUCCGAGUGUGGUUUCUUGUAAUUGUCUUUUGAAUGGGUUGGUGAAGUUGAAUCGAAUUGAUCAGUGUUGGGAUGUGUAUGAGGAGAUGGGAAGGAUUGGGAUACACCCAAAUGUGUAUACUUUUAAUAUUUUGAUCAAUGUUUUGUGUAAAGAUGGAGAUGUCGAGAAAGUGAAUGCGUUUAUGGAGAAGAUUGAAGAAGAAGGAUUUGAUCCGGAUAUCGUGACGUAUAACACGCUGAUCAGUAGCUAUUGUCGAAAAGGAAGGAUGGAAGAUGCAUUUUAUUUGUAUAAGAUCAUGUAUAGGAGAGGUGUGGUGCCGGAUAUGGUUUCGUACACUGCCUUGAUGAAUGGUCUUUGUAAGCAAGGGAAGGUAAGGGAGGCUCAUAAGAUUUUUCAUCGGAUGGUCGAUAGAGGGUUGGAUCAAGACGCUGUGACGUAUAACACUCUUAUUAGUGGUUAUUGCCGUGAGGGGAAAAUGCAAGAGUGCAGAUUAUUGUUGCACGAGAUGAUCAGAAAGGGAAUUUGUCCAGAUGAUUUCACUUGUCGGGUAGUCGUAGAAGGAUAUGGCAAAGAAGGUAAACUGCUCUCUGCUCAGAAUUUGGUCGUCGAGCUUCAAAAAUUUCAGAUAUCGAUUUCUCAUGGUAUUUACGAUUAUCUAAUAGUUGCAUUGUGUCGAGAAAAUCAUCCGUUUGCAGCUAAAAGUCUAUUAGAAAGAAGUUCCCAGGAUGGUUAUCUUCCUGGUUUGGAUACCUAUAACAAUCUAAUCGAGUCUCUCUGCGAAAGCCGCCACGUUACAGAGGCAUUGCUUUUGAAAGCCAAGAUGGUAUGUAAGAACAUUAAACCCAAUCUUAAGACAUACAGAACUCUAAUUUGCUGUCUCUGCCAAACAAACAGAACAGCUGAAGGUGAAUCGCUAAUGGAAGAGAUGGUUGAAUCCGGUUUGGCUCCUGAUCUCGAAAUAUGCAGGGCGUUGAUAAAGGGGUACUGCAACGAAAGAGAUGUCGAUAAAGCGGAAGCUUUGUUAGGAUUCUUUGCCAAAGAAUUUCAAGUUUUUGACAGUGAAAGUUACAAUGCACUUGUCCAGGUUUUGUGUGAGGAUGGUGAUAUGGCUAAGUUGCUGGAGUUGCAGGAGAGGAUGAUGAAACUAGGGUUUGCGCCGAACAGCCUUACGUUCAAGUAUGUGAUCCAUGGAUUGUGGAAAACUGCAACGCCGGAUAAAGAAAAACUUUGUGUGUUAUAAGUCACGAUUUUUUAUCGGUUUCUGCCAAUUUCUUGAAAAACCAUUGAAAAUCCUGUUUCAUGUCA